AUGAAGUUCACCACCACGCUUUCCGCUCUGCUCACGCUCGCCGCUGCUUCGCAGUCGGCCGUCGCUACUGGCGAGUUCCAGAACCUUCAGCUUCGCCAGGGCGGCGAUGCCAACGCGCUCCUGCAGGGACUGCGCGACAACAACCUCACCUCGCUCGCCAACGUGCUCUCGCAGCACCCGGCGGUGACCGAGCGCAUCCUCGCCGACAACUCGGAGAAGACGCUGCUGGCGCCCAACGACGAUGCGAUCGCCAUGCUGCCGUCGUGGGUGACGAGCAACUCUUCGCGCCUCGAGGCGACGCUCCUCCAGCACGUGCUGCGCGGCAACUUUGAGACGGACAAGCUCAACGCUUACCCGCUGCACACCAUCGGCCACUCGCUGCUCAACAACUCGGACUUCUCUAAGCUGCCGGGUGGCGCGGGCCAGGCGGUCGCGCUCGCCAAGUCGGGCAACCGCACCUUUGUCGCCGAGGCCGUCAACAACGACACCUUUGUCCAGCAGAGCGUCAAGGUCGACACCGUCACGGUGCUGCCCAUCAGCCAGGCCAUCACCGUGCCCGGCUCCGUGACCGACACGCUGCGCUUCCUCGGCUACACGGGCAUCUCGACGCUGCUCGCCAACGUCCAGAACGGCGCGCUCGCCAACACCAUCGACAGCCUCCCCGGUGUCACCAUGUUUGUCCCCACCAACGAUGCCAUCACCAAGUUCACCGCCACCAACCCCAACCCCACCGACAUCCCCACAGUCCUUGGCCAGCACGUGGUUGCUGCGCGCGUGGUCUACUCGCCGCUGCUCAUUGACCAGGGCUCGCUCAUCUCUGCCUCGGGCCAGGACAUUGUCUUCGACAACAACGCCGGUACGGUCAAGGUGGGCAACUUUACCGCCAAGAUCCUGCAGACCGACAUUAUCGCGCAGCAGGGUGUCAUCCACCAGAUUGACAAUGUGCUCGCCUCGACGGCGCUCGACACGGGACGUGCCGCGCAGGCGCAGAAGUCGGCCGAGGCCUCGGUGGACGCGGAGAAGGCUCAGUCCAUCUCGGGCCCCGUGUCGGGCAAGAACGCCAUCACCACCCAGGGCACCGACGUGCCCGCUGCUCAGCAGGGCUCCGGCGCCAACAACCGCUCGGCCAACGACAACACGGACAACGCAGGCUCCGGCCAGACCGAGUCUGCCAUCGGCAACGGCACCAACGGCAACAACGGCGGCGCCUCCCAGGCUGGCAACUCCAACGGCUCCAACGGCAACGGCAAUGGAAGCGGAAACCAGAACGGCAACGGCGUUGACCACCGCAACCCCAACGCCGCCAGCGCUUCCACGGCCAACACGGCGCUCGCCGCCUCGGCUGUUCUCGCCGCGUCCAUCCUUGCGCUCGUUCUCUAG